AUGAGUGUUAACUCACUGCGCUUGGUUAGCUGCGAUCGAAGAGCUUUUACAACUUUGAAGAUACAAUUAAGAUCAUUCUUUGCAUGUAGUAAAACAUGUAACCCUAAGAAUUUCAAAGACUAUGAAUCUAUCAAACAGGAGUACAAAUCACAAGUGCCAGAAUACUUCAAUUUUGCAAAUGAUGUCCUCGAUAACUGGAGUAGAAUGGAAAAGGUUGGAAGCAGAGGUUCAAACCCUGCUUUCUGGUGGUUGAGUGAACAUGGACAAGAAGUGAAAUGGAGCUUCCAGGACCUUGAAGUCCACUCCAAGAAGGUGGCCAAUAUCCUGUCAGAUGCCUGUGACCUACAGUUAAAGGAUAGGGUUCUUGUUAUCCUGCCCAGAGUUCCAGAAUGGUGGCUUGUGAACAUAGCAUGCAUUAGAACAGGUACUGUACUGAUUCCUGCCACAACUCAGUUAAGAGCCACAGAUAUUUUACACCGGCUUCAAGCCUCUAAAGCAAAAUGCAUCGUGACAGAUGACAGCCUGGUGGAUGCUGUAGAGUCAGUGGCAUCCAACUGCCCUUCUCUCAAAGUAAAGUUGGUUGUAUCACAAAAACAUAAACAGGGAUGGAUGAACUUCCAAGACCUUUUCCGAAACGUAUCGGAUGACCACAAAUGUGUAAAAACCAAGAGUUUGGACCCCAUGGCCAUUUUCUUCACCAGUGGAUCUACAGGAGCUCCAAAAAUGGUCCUUCACACCCACGGUGGUUAUGGAAUAGGCCAUACAGUAAAUGGAAGGUACUGGUUGGAUCUUACUCCCUCUGAUGUGAUGUGGUGUAGCUCAGACACUGGCUGGGUUAAAUCUGCAUGGAACAGCUUCUUUUCACCUUGGGUUCAAGGAGCGUGUGUUUUUGUCCAUCAGAUGCCACGGUUUGAUCCCAAAACCAUGUUAGACGUUUUAUCCAAGUUUCCAAUAACAACCCUCUGUUGUCCGCCCACUGCAUAUCGUAUGCUUGUACAGAAUGAUCUUACCAGUUACAGGUUCAGAAGCCUCCAGCACUGUGUGACUGGUGGUGAGUCCAGCAGCCCUGAAGUAAUGGUCAAAUGGAAAGAAGAGACAGGCUUAGACAUCUAUGAAGGAUAUGGCCAGAGCGAGACUGUUUUGCUCUGUGCAACAUUCAAAGGCAUGAAAAUUAAACUUGGUUCAAUGGGGAAGCCAGUUCCCGAAAUUAAUUUGCAAAUUAUUGAUGAGAAUCACAAUGUGGUUCCUCCUGGAGUGGAAGGUCAAAUUGCUGUUCAAAUGAAGCCCGUUAGACCUUUCGGCCUCUUUUCUGGAUACAUUGAUGAUCCACAACAAACUUCUGCAGUUCUACAAGAUGACUAUUAUCUAACAGGAGACCUUGGGCAAAUGGAUGAGGAUGGAUAUAUCUGGUUUCAUGGAAGAACAGAUGAUAUAAUUUCAUCAGCUGGAUAUCGUAUUGGACCAUUUGAAGUCGAAAACGCACUGACAACACAUCCAGCUGUGGCAGAUUGUGCUGUGGUUGGCAGUCCUGAUCCUAUCAGAGGCGAGGUUGUGAAGGCAUUUGUUGUUCAAAAUGCUGCUUAUACCUUGGCUGAUCCUGACAAGUUAAUCAAAGAAUUACAAGAUCAUGUCAAGAAAGUCACAGCACCAUAUAAAUACCCAAGGAAGAUUGAAUUUGUGGACAGACUGCCCAAGACCAUUAGUGGGAAAGUCAAAAGAAAUAUGCUACGAGAAAAAGAGCAGGGACAAAACCGAGACCAAGAUCACCCUCAUACAACAUUGUAA